UUAUACCUACUCAUAGCACAUAAAUUGGAUAUAUAGCAAAAUGAGCAAAGGCUGGUGGGAAAAUAAUGCGGAAAUUAAGAUUUUCCGCGAAUACUUGCGCUUCAACACCGCUCACCCGAACAUUGAUUACACUGCUUGCGUGGAGUACUUGAAACAACAGGCGGCCAGCCUUGAUCUGCCCGUCGAUGUGCUGUAUCCUGCCAACGAGGACAAUCCCGUUGUGGUCAUGAAAUGGGAGGGCAAAGAGCCCGAUCUCCCCUCCAUCAUCCUCAACUCACACACCGAUGUGGUGCCCGUGGUGCGUGAGAAGUGGACGCACGAUCCCUUCGCUGCCGAGAUGGAUGACGAGGGACGCAUCUUCGCUCGCGGAACACAGGACACCAAGCAGGUUGGCACUCAAUACUUGGGCGCCAUUCGUGCACUGAAAGCUAAAGGUUUCCAGCCAAAGCGUACUGUUUAUGUAACCUUUGUGCCCGAUGAGGAGGUUGGUGGUCAUCUCGGCAUGCGCGAGUUUGUCAAGACAGAUUACUUCAAGAAGAUGAAUGUGGGUUUCAGCUUGGACGAGGGAUCUCCCAGUCUGGACAAGACUUACUAUGCCUACUAUGCAGAGCGUACUGCCUGGCCUCUCAGGUUCAAGUGCAGUGGCACAGCUGGUCAUGGCUCCAUUCUGCUGCCCAACACAGCGGGCGAGAAGCUCAACUACAUUGUGAACAAGAUGAUGGAAUAUCGCGCCAGCCAAGUGAAGCGUCUCAAGGAGGAAGGACUCUUCUUUGGCGAUGUGACCACCAUUAACCUGACUCAGCUGGAGGGAGGUGUGCAGAACAAUGUUGUGCCUGCUCAGCUCGAUGUGGUCUUCGAUCUGCGUAUUGCCAUCGAUGUGGAUCUAGAGGCACUUGAGAAGCAAUUCCGCGAUUGGUGCGUUGAAGCUGGAGGCGGUGUUGAGCUUGUAUUUGAGCGCAAAGAUGAAUUUGUGCCAGCCUCGAAAAUUGGCGCUGAUGUUCCCUUCUGGGCUGCCUUCGAGAAGGCCUUGAAUGAUCUAAACUUGAAAGUUCGUGCUCAAGUUUGUCCUGGUGGCACUGACAGUCGCUAUCUGCGUCAACAGGGAGUCACUUCAUUGGGUUUCUCUCCACUGAACAACAAUACACCCAUCCUACUUCACGAUCACGAUGAACACAUUAAGGCAGACGUCUAUCUGCAUGGCAUCGAAGUGUACAAAUCGAUCAUUCCAGCUAUUACCGAUAUCUAAGCUUGGCUGAAUAGUUAUAGAAACUUGUUAAACUAGUUUUACAGAUCAAAGAUCA